AUGUCUGACUAUGAUCCUCAACGCAAUGUAAUGUUCCUGGGGCCCCUGGCCAUAAGCUUUCGUAAAUUAUAUCUCAGGUCGUUGUUGCUUCAGCUCUUACUAGUGACCUACUAUGAUUUAAUUCGGGAUCCAUUUGACGCCUUCAAGGAACUGGGAAUAAACUCUGUCCGAUUACAAGAACUCGGCACAGUAAUUCCUCAAGUCUUAGGGGUGCUCAAUUCUCAGCCGGCUCACAAAGAACAUUUUACAGUACCUCCAUCCAUCUUAGUGAAACGAAAUUCUGAAGAGGCGCCCAACUGUGACUUUGUUGGACUCCGUACCCGUACCUCUGCAUUCAGCCAAAUGGUCUAUCCUGAACAAGAGCUCAGCCCCCAAAAGCUAUCAUAUAGACACAGCACUAUGAAAGCGGGCUAUCAUCAAUAUACUCGCGAUCAAGAAUUCCUCGCAUCCCCGUCCUCUCCGCAUGAUGAUAAACUUAUAACGCCUACCCAAACUUCGAAGUCACGACGCCCAUCCCUUUUAUUUUGUUUGAGGUUUGUUACUACUCUUAGUGCAAUGACUCAGGGAUCUUCGUUUAAAUGUCUGAUACUUGUAUUGUCUAUGAUGAGCACCGGUCUAGCUUAUACUGGUGAAGCUACCUUUUAUGAGCCCGGUGGCUCUUGCGGGACUGCACAGCCAACUAAUUACGAUUUUCUCGUUGCUCUCUCUCCCAGUCAAUUCAGCGGAGAAGAGUGCGGGAAACUCAUUACAGUUACCUAUGAAGGCAAAUCAGUCAAUGUGACAGUAAUAGACGAGUGUGCUGGGUGUGGGGGGUAUGAUAUCGAUUUGACUCCUGAUGCUUUCGAAGCACUUGCUCCAUUGUCUGGACGCCUUUUGGUUAACUGGAACUAUGUUUAG